AUGAAGCGCAUUCCCCAGGCCGGUCAGGAGGAGAAGCAGCCGUCCCGCCCGCAGCGCCCACGCUCCCGUUCAGGUCGAGCGAGGCCCUCUGCGGGUGCCGAGGCCGCCGCCAACCCCGGACCGUCAAGUACUGAGCGAAUAACAACGCCCAGCUCGACUACAGCGAAGCACCAGGCUGCGCCAAGCUGUUCCGGCUUUGCGGAGCCAGCUUUGCCUCAGCCGAGUCGCAGCCGUUCUACGGAGAGGCGAAGCCUCACUCCAUCUUAUAAGACCAAGGAAUCAUCUUCAUCCAGUGAAAUUACAUUCCAGGCCGUCGGGUCAUUAGCGACACAUCGCGCCACCGAUGACACCAUCCACCCGCCCGCCGCACUCCCCGCGUCGGAGACAUCGCGGCGCGGCACCGAGUUGCAAGCCGUGCGUGUGACGUCAGCGGGCCACGCCUCCAACGACGCCACUCGCCCGUUCGCCCCGUCCACCGCGUCGGAUACAUCGCAGCCAACCAUUUCCGCGCGCGACCCGUCCGUCGCACUUCACCGCGCACCUACUGACGCGCUAUUAAGUGCAAGUUCGACGCGUAAUAGUGAAAGUGAUAUCGAAAAUAUGAGUGCCGCUAACAUAGGCCCGACGCCUAAUUACCUCGAGUGCAGUAGUGUGGACGAAUUGUUAAUCAUGCUCGAUCGGGAUCCGGGUCCUGGCGCCGCAUCCUCGCCGCGGACGGCAUACGAAUCGGAUCUGAUAUUUUUAGCUCAGUCCUUUGCAUGCUCGUUCGCGUCGCGGGGAAUGCUGCGCGCUAUGGCCCGUUAUGCCAAGACGCGAGAAGAGGCGCUGCGUAAUAGCGGCGCUUUACAAUCACCUCUGACAGACGCUGAACAACGGGAGUUGGCGCAGGUCCGCAACGAGUGUCGCCUGCCGGCGCGCACCCCAGCCACCCCCGUGCGCCGCCCUUUUUCAGCCGUGGACCCCGGCUCGGAAGGCAGCUCUGGAUUUCCAAACGGAUUGAAAUCCAUGCGUCAAGGCCAAAUGGACGUCAUCCGCGGCCGUCCGUCAAUGUCAGAAACGUGCGCCACGCCAUAUGGAAGCAGUCCAAAUUGUCCGCGAAUGGGCGAAACGGCGUCCAUUUUGUUGAGGUUAUUGUUUCAGUUUAUGUUUUGA